AUGGCGACAGUGUCACCUCCAAAACCGUGGGAACGGGCUGGAGCCACGGGCGCAAACUCAGCUUUACCAUCCUCUACAGCAAUCUCGACUGGCAACGCAAUCACAAAUCCAGCCUCUACAACGACGUCGACCGCCACAGCUGUUGCCCCAGCCAUUCCUGAACGGCCGUCGUCUCUCACAUCCGCUGUCAACAGAAACGCAUCUGCGUACUCUCCGUACGGCGCAAACAGACUCGGCGGGAUGGCGUCUCCAUAUGGAGGGAUAGGCUCAGCAUACACGUCUCCUUAUUCAAGGAUGGGCGCUAUGGGUGGGAUGGGAUACGGCGGGGGCAUGUAUGGCGGGAUGGGCGCAAUGGGAGGCAUGGGAUACGGAGGAUAUGGAGGAGGGAUGUAUGGAGGUAUGGGAGGGAUGCAGGGAGAUCCAAAUGAUCCCAAUAGCUUGACGAAUGGCUUUACACAAAGUACCCAGGCAACAUUUCAGAUAAUCGAGAGUAUAGUGGGAGCUUUUGGAGGAUUUGCUCAAAUGCUGGAAAGCACAUAUAUGGCUACCCAUUCUAGUUUCUUUGCAAUGGUAUCUGUUGCGGAACAAUUUGGAAACCUCAGAAAUACACUCGGAUCAAUACUGGGAAUAUUUACACUGAUGAGAUGGCUGCGGACUUUAUUCGCGAAGAUAACAGGACGGCCACCACCAGCUGAUGCAACGGCUUUGACACCAAGCGCCUUUGCUUCGUUCGAGGGCCGCAAGUUCCACCCAGAUGGCACCCCAGCCCAAGCACCACGACCAAGCAAGAAACCGUUCCUCUUCUUCCUAGCCGCGGCUUUCGGUCUUCCAUACUUGAUGGGUAAGCUCAUCAAGGCACUUGCGGCAUCCCAGGAGGAAGAACAGCGCAGACUGGCAGCAUCGGGACAGAUGCAAAUUGGGCCAGAUGGCCAACCAAUUCAGGCGCAAAUCGACCCUUCGAAGCUCGACUUCUGCCGCGUACUCUACGACUUCACACCUGAAGCGGGAGCAGCAGUGCAGGGCAUUGACCUAGAAGUCAAGAAAGGCGACUUGGUCGCAGUAUUGAGCAAGAGCGACCCUAUGGGAAACCCAAGCGAAUGGUGGAGAUGUCGUGCUCGUGACGGGCGUAUGGGAUAUCUUCCUGGUGUUUACCUCGAGGUAGCUAGACGGCCAGGUGGAGCGGUCGCUGAGAUCAAGUCUGCAAGCCAGAGCGGAAGCAGAACGAGCAGUAUGACGAGCCAGACCAAGGCUCCUGUUGUCACCGGCAAAGCAGGUGAUAUGAGCGUGGACAGCUUCCAAAAGAGUCAGUUUUACUCUUGA